UAGACCACUGUAGUUUGUAAAGUUUGCAUUUUUAUCUCUCUGCUUUGAUCUCAAUCGUUCUCGUAACAGAAAAAUGUCAGAGAAAGGAGGCAAAGGGCUCAAAUCCUCUCUCAAAUCUAAAGAUGGAGGGAAGGAUGGGAACUCAGCAAAGUCCAAGAAGGGUAGAAAAAUCCACUUUGAUCAAGGGACUCCGGAACCUAAUUACAAGAUUCUCAACGGUUCUGAUCAACCAUUUCAGAGUUUUGCUCCUAAACCUGCCAAAGGAGAGAAAGCUCCCAAGUCUAGCAAAAGCUCUCUGCACUCGUUUGACCUCAAAGAUCUUCCUGAGAAUGCUGAAUGCAUGAUGGACUGUGAAGCUUUUCAGAUAUUAGAUGGAAUUAAGGGACAUUUGGUUGGGUUAUCUGAAGACCCUUCUAUUAAAAUUCCUGUAUCUUAUGACAGAGCAUUAGCUUAUGUGGAGAGUUGUGUUCACUACUCAAACCCUCAAUCUGUCAGACAAGUUCUUGAGCCUUUGAAAACCCAUGGUAUCUCUGAUGGCGAGAUGUGUGUGAUUGCAAAUGCCUCCCCAGAAACUGUAGAUGAAGUUCUUGCCUUUAUUCCAUCGCUGAAGACUAAAAAGGAUGUGAUCAGUCAACCCCUGGAAGAUGCAUUGGUGGAGCUAUCCAAGCUGAAGAAAUCGGAAUGAAGAGGAGACUGCUGUAAUGAAUGGUUCAAUGCUAGGAGUAGUUUGCAGCUUAACUUAAUAUCUAUGUGUAUUUGCGUCUUUGCCUUACCUCAACGUUAACGUACCUGCGCAAUGACAACUUUUGUCUAGUUUUGGUCAUUGCACUUUUUAAUCUCUAUUAAUCGGCUGUAUCUCUCGUUGACAAUAUCAUUUCGCACGCUUCCGAAGUCAUUAGCUCCCUUGAA